AGGGGAAAGGUCGCAGGUUUUUUUCAUCAUUCACCACGGUUCCAUUGAGAGAAGUCAGAGUGCCACAAGAAGAUAUUGGUCGAAGAGUUUGAUCCGGACAGUGGUGGUGUGAUAAUCCUGCAUCAUGGCGCUUCUCAGAGGUGUAUUUGUUGUAGCUGCCAAGCGCACUCCAUUUGGCACCUAUGGUGGCGUGCUGAGGGAUCACAGUGCAACAGACUUGGCCGAGCAUGCAGCCAAAGCCGCCCUCGCAGCAGGGGGCGUGGCUCCAGAACUUGUAAACAGUGUCAUCAUGGGAAAUGUCAUGCAGAGCUCAGCUGAUGCACCCUACAUUGCUCGUCAUGUGGGUCUGAGGUGUGGUGUUCCGAUCCCAGUGCCUGCUCUCACUGUGAACAGACUGUGUGGAUCUGGUUUCCAGUCCAUCAUCAAUGGCGCUCAAGAGAUUUGCCUCAGGGAUUCAGAGGUGGUCCUGUGCGGAGGCUCAGAGAGUAUGAGUCAGGCCCCGUACGCUGUUCGCAACAUAAGAUUUGGUACAAAGUUUGGAACCGAUCUCAAGCUAGAGGACACGUUGUGGGCGGGCCUGACUGACCUGCACAUCAAAAUCCCGAUGGGCAUCACAGCAGAAAACCUGGCAGAGAAAUACCAGAUCACACGAGAAGAAGUUGAUAACUAUGCAUACCAGACACAGCAAAGGUGGAAGGCAGCUCACGAGGCUGGCUACUACACAGCGGAAAUUGCUCCCAUUGAUGUGAAAGCUAGGAAAGGCAAGGUGUCCAUGACUCACGAUGAACAUCCCCGUCCACAGACCACUCUGGAACAGAUGGCCAAAAUGCCUACUGUCUUCAAGAAGGGAGGGACCGUUACUGCUGCUAACGCUUCGGGUGUAUCUGACGGUGCUGCUGCCGUGGUGAUUGCAAGUGAAGAUGCGCUGAAUGAACACAAGCUCACUCCUCUGGCCAGAAUUGUGGCCUAUCAUGUUUCAGGCUGUGACCCGAGCAUUAUGGGAAUAGGUCCCGUUCCAGCAAUAACAGAAGCUCUAAAAAAAGCUGGUCUGACUCUCAACGACAUGGAUCUUGUCGAGGUGAACGAGGCUUUUGCCCCUCAGUAUCUGGCUGUUGCUAAGGCUCUUGGACUGGAUCCAGCAAAAAGCAACGUUAACGGUGGAGCUAUUGCCAUCGGACAUCCUCUUGGUGCUUCUGGAGCACGUAUCACUGCCCACCUGGUUCAUGAGCUCAGGCGACGGGGAGGCAAGUACGCUGUUGGCUCUGCCUGCAUCGGUGGUGGUCAGGGUAUCGCCAUCAUCCUGGAAAAGUACUGACCCAAGAAGCUGCCAGUAUCAGAAGAAUUACUGCUGAAGAAUGUCUUGCCUCACCGUUGACAUGCAUGGGUGACACAUGCUAAAAGAAGAUUUUUUUAAAUCCUUUUCACGUACAUAUGAAAUGUCAAAUGCUCCAAAGUGCAAUAAAUGUUUCAGUCCAGUACUGUGUUGGAAGCCCUGUGAAGAUAAAGAGCUACUGCAUAUUUCUUUGGUCGUUGCACAAGAGUGCAAGAGACUGUAUGUGUAUGUGCCCUAGACACAGGACUAGGUCCUUGGUCACUUUACAUGUGUAGCAUAUUAUUAACUCAUAGUUUGUUUUGCAUUAAAGUGGGGUCUAAAGGGGACUUUAGAUUGAUGUUUGCCUUAAAAUCUUCUCUAUCACUCCAUUAAAAGGGAUUAUAUUUCCAGAAAAUAAGGAUUUCCUGUGAUGGCUCCAGCAAAAAAUGAUUUUGUAUUUCUGUGUUAAAGAAUCUCAAUAAAUAACAUUUUC